CUUCUGGAACAGCUCCUACGGCUUAUUCAAUGGCUUAGGAGAUUUUUCAGGGAGUUCCUGCGUCGGUACCCCCUUUAUUUCGAUAUCCUCUUUCAAGAGUAUCUCGUUGAAUUCGAUAUGCUAGGGUUUGGAAUUGCAUUCGUCUUCUUCAGGCCCCUUGUUUUCUUCGUGGUCCUAGACGAGGUCCUUCAAGGACAUUAUAUUCUUUUGCCGGUCGACCUCACAUUGUUAUGGAUGGUGACAUCCCUUCCCAUUGCGCUUAUCGUUGAUGGGCCACUCUGGCUUCUCAACGUUUUAACGUUCCUAGGAGAAAAUUCGUCGUCGAGUGAGCAAUUGAUGGAGUCUUGUAUAUGAAGAAGCGAGAAGAGCAUCAAUUGGCGUAGCGGAGUUCCCUUUACCUUGUGAGCAAUAAUGUUGAAAGUUAUGUAGCAUGGUACAUUUGAAUAGAA